CAGUCAGUGCACGCAUGCCAGCCGCGACGUCGUUGCUGUACUUGCUGGCGAUCUCGGCCGCGUCGCUGCUGGUGGCCCUCUUUCAGGGCGGCGAGCGCGUCCAGCUAGUGGUGCCGACGCGGCAGGGCCUCGUAAGGGGUUCCACGGAGACGACGAGGGGCGGCCGGCAGUACCUGGCCUUCUACAAUCUGCCGUUCGCCAAGCCGCCCGUGGGGAAACUACGCUUCAGGAGUCCUCAACCUCCUGACUCCUGGCUGAACAUCCGUGAUGCCACCGUCCCAGGCCCAGUAUGCCCGCAGAAUAAGGUUCUGGGGCCACACGAGAGUGAGGACUGCCUGUAUCUAAAUGUCUUCACGCCAGAGUUGAAACCUGCUGUCCCUCUUCCGGUAAUGUUUUUCAUUCAUGGAGGUGGCUGGAUAGGAGGCACUGCAAAAGGGUACGAGGCAGGCUAUCUCCUUGAUCACGACGUUGUUCUCGUCACCAUCAAUUAUCGUAUCGGUGUUCUAGGUUUCCUAAGCACGGACGAUGAAUUUUGUCCGGGUAAUUACGGUCUCAAGGACCAAGUGGCAGCGUUGAAGUGGGUCCAGCAGAACAUCGAGGCAUUCGGUGGUGAUCCUGGCAACGUGACGAUCUUCGGCCAGAGUGCGGGAGGCGCUAGUGUGAACUACCAUAUGUUGUCCCCUCUUUCUAAAGGUCUGUUCCAGAGGGCUAUUUCCGAGAGUGGUGUAGCACCAGCAACUUGGGCGGUCCGAAGACCAGGUUUGGACAAGGCGCGCAAAGUGGCAGCCCUGCUCGGAUGCCCUACAGAACCAAACGCCGCGUUGGUCGAAUGCCUGCGGGGCAUCGAUGCGUUCAACCUCACUGCUACACUGUGGCACUUCAUUGAGUGGUUCUUCUGCCCUAUUGCUCCAUUCCAUCCAGUGAUAGAAAAACAUCAUAAAGAUGCAUUUCUGUCAGAAAACAUGUUGGACCUAAAGCCUCAUUCUUUUAUUCCAUGGGUUGUGGGUGUGACUAAAGAGGAAGGAGCCUUAUUUACUGGAGCUUUUGUUGCAAAUAAAACGUUGUUGCAAGAACUAGACGAGAAGAGUGACAAGUUAUUCCCCCUGUGUCUAGUAUAUGAGACGUCGGCACGGGCCAAGCUCAUAACCCAGAAGAUACGCAACUUCUAUUUCUCAUCCGGUAAACUGACUAUGAAUGGAGUUGCUGACAUGUGCACCGAUGGUUUCUUUUCAUGGAAAACGGACAACGCUGUUAGGAAGUACAAAGACAAAGGUUCUGUGUAUUACUACCGUUUUUCGCACAGAGGAAAGUACAGCAUGUCGCAGUUAUUCGGCGGCGGCGACAAGAAUUUAGGUGCCGCACAUGGAGACGAACUCCUAUACUUAUUUUCAAAGAACCCGUACAUUGCAACGUCUGGAGAGCUGCCAGCAAAGGAUACUCAAGUCGUGAAGACGAUGACUAAACUCUGGACAGACUUCGCUAGAACAGGAAAUCCAACACCGAAUGACGCGCCGGUUCAUUGGCCAAGAGUAACGUCAGACGAUGAGCUGGAGUUUCUGGACAUUGGUGAGAAGUUGGAAGUAAAGAAGGGGCUCUCACAGAAGCGGAUCGACUUUUGGAACUCACUUCCAUUCUGAGAAAGACCGCACCGAACACUUGUAAUGAAACUGAUUGUAACAAACCUCUGAUAAUUUAUGAUUUUUUAUUCGAAAGAGAAAUAAAAAGGAAAAGAAAACCGUGACAGAAACUGCAUACUACUCUCAGAAAGUAAAAUGAAUCCUUUAUUCUUAGUAUUCCUCCUGCGAUCUGCUUUUUGGGUGCAUUUUAACCAUCAGCUGUUUUUGGCCCAUCAGUCAUCUACCGGUUUCGGUUAUUAACUAUCAUCCAGGAUGUAGGGUACAACAGAUUACUUACAAUCAUCCCAUAUUCCUUUGAAGCUGGACACUAUUGAAAUUUUCCAGUGAAAUUGUACAAACACAUGGAAUACUUUGUGUUAGGUGUUUGCACAAUUUCACUCGAUAAUUUCGAUAUUGUUCAGCUUCAAAUGAAGAUGGAAUACUGGAUGCUUUUAUCUAAUCUGUUGUACCCUGUAUCAUGGAUGAUUGUUAAUAAUCGAAACCAGUAGAUGAAUAAUGGGACAAAUAAAGAGUUGAUGGUUAAAAUGGAUUUUACUGCUGUUGAGCCUCACCUUACGGAAACAUUUUCAUUUAUUGCUUGUUGACUAGCUAAUCAGCGUGUUUUCUGCCCCUCAGAUUUUGUGGAUACUACACUUAGCUCAUAAUUUCAAAGUUGUUGCUUUGUUUGGAUGAGUAUGUUGUCUGAUUCUUUUCAGGAAUGUUAUGCUUUGUAUGGCCAUUAAGUACAAUAAAUGCUGAUCUCUUGA